CACCAAAAUAUUAUUAUUCUUUUUAUAAAUAUUGUUAAUAACUUCAUAAUAGAAUUGUACAUUAUAGAAUUAAAUACAAUAAGUAAUUUCUAGAUAUGACAAAGAAUUCUAUAUCGCAACCCAAUUACCAUGUGCCAGCAAAUGGUACAAAGUCCUCCGUUCAACUUCCUUAUGGGGAUGGAUCUAAUAAGAUAUUUGGAAUGGAGAAUUUUGGUAAUACAUGUUAUUGUAAUUCUAUUUUACAAUGUUUAUUCUAUACUGAGAAUUUCAGAGUCAAUCUAGUUAAACAUAAUUUAACAGUUCAUGAUCAAAAAUUGGUUGUUAAUGGUGUUAAAGCUCAUGGAUUUACUACAAAAUAUGAACAAUUGGUAUCUAAAAAGACUAGAGAACAGGGUAAGAAUCCUGUUCCAGUAUCAAAUUCAAAUUCAAUUGCUGCUUCCAUUAAUGGUAAUAAUACAGGAAUUAUAAACAGUGCAUCAAAUGGUGGAAUGUCCACAACUAAUAGUUCUUCAACCUUUGAUACUAAUGAUAAACCAAAAUCAUCAAAGAAAGGUACGUUAUUCGGAUUAAAAUUCAAUAGUUUAACUCUGGGAUCUUCUCAUAAUUUAAAUUCUCAUAAUGGUACUCAUAAUCCUAAUGAUGAUUUAAAAAAAUACGCAGGUUAUAUAAUUGAAGCAAAGAAUUGUGAAGCAUUAUCACUUGAUCAAAGAUUAAAAAUAUUGAAAAACCCUGAUUUCCAACAGUUGAAUGUUAUGAUUACGAGACCAUCACAUCAUCUUGCAAACCCAGGUCAACGACUCGACUAUUCUCAAUCGUCUUCAAUGUUAUUAAAUAAUGAUCAAGGUAAUCCACAACAGACUCAAGCACAACAGCAACCACAACAUUUACAAGAAAAUGCAAUCAGUUCUUCCUCAGCUUGUAUUAUAGUAGGUAUUCCUCAUCCUGAAUCAUUUCUUGUGAAUCCAAUUAAUCCAUUCAAUCCAAAUCCUUCAUCCGAUCAAAGGAAACGUUCAUCAUUAAUUAAUGGUCCUAUAAUUAAUUUAGAUACAUCCUUACAAUUACCUAGUGAAUAUUCGGAUGAUAGUGCAUUAUUAUAUGCUUUGAAAGAUAUGUUUGAAAGUAUGAUUGAAAAUAAAUCAAUUAUUGGUGUAGUAUCACCAACAUAUUUUAUACUGAAAUUAAAGGAAAAGAAUUAUCUUUUUCGUCAAAAUAAUAUGCAUCAUGAUGCUCAUGAGUUUUUCAAUUAUUUAAUUAAUGAAAUUAUAGAAUGUUUAAAUAAAGAAAUUGGAGUUGAAAAUAAUUGGUGUAAUGAUAUUUUUCAAGGUUUAAUUACUAAUGAGACCAAGUGCCUCAGUUGUGAAACAAUAACUUCAAAACAUGAAUUUUUCCUUGAUUUAUCUAUUGAUAUUCCACCAGGUGAAAGUUCAUACUCCUUAAGUUAUUCCCUAAAUAAUUUCUCCAAACUGGAAACGUUAACAAAUCAAAAUAAAUUUUAUUGUAAUACUUGCUCAUCAUUACAAGAAGCUAUCAAAACUAUAAAAUUAAAGAAAUUACCUGAAGUGUUGGUCAUAAACUUUAAGAGAUUCAAAUACGAUGAAAAAGUGGAUAAAAUGGUAAAAUUAUUUGAUUCUAUUAGUUAUCCAUUCAAAUUAAGAUUAUUCAAUACUACAGAUGAUGAAAAGGACUUUUCACUCUAUGAAUUAUAUGCUUUAGUUAUUCAUAUUGGAGGAGGGCCAAUGCAUGGCCAUUAUGUUGCCAUAUGUAAGAUUAAGGCUGGUUUAUGGUUAUUGUUUGAUGAUGAAACUGUCGAGUUGGUAGAAGAUUCAUACGUCAUGAGAUUCUUUGGUAAUGGUCCAGGAUUGGCUAGUGCUUAUAUUCUCUUUUAUACAAAAUGUACUCAAAAACCUACUGAUGUUGAAGAAUAUGAUGAUUUUAUAAAUUUUGGAUUUAAUACUGAUAACAUUUAUCAUGGUGAUGAUUAUUCAUUAGUUGAUAAUGCAACUUCUAUUAGUGAUACAUCUAAUGCUAAGAAAUCAUCAAUUCAUAAUCAUACUGACUUUUCCUCUAAUGAAGGUUUUAAAUCAGAAACUUCAUCAAUCAGUUCCAAUGAUGUACAAACCAGGAAGCCAAGUGCAAGUAGUGUUAGUGGAGGUGGUCUUACAGGAGGUUUAUUUAAGAAAAACUUUAAACUUGAUGGACCAGCAAGUACAAUUUCCAAUGGUUCAAAUCUUAAUAAUAACUCUGUACAUCAGAAUACCAAUCCUUCAAAUGGUAUAAAGGAAGAACAUUUAUCUAGAACUGAAAGUACUAAAGAAACCAAAGAAAAGAAAACUUGGGUAGGAGGCUUAAAAAGACGUGAAAGUAAAGUAGAAUCCAACGUGGAACGUAAAGCCAGUAGUGGAAGUGUAAGCUCUGGAGAAAAGAAGAAGAGUUUAUUUGGAUUUAAAAGAAAGUAAAUGAAUGAAUGAAUGAAUAAAUAAAUAAAUAAAUAAAUAUAGUUGCAAAUUUGGAUAUUAUUAGCCGGGGUUUGGGCACGUGACAUUGCAGCAUCAUGCGGCUCGGGAAAAAAGUUGGAAUGAAUCGCUUCGGACU